GACGCAAUCGUGAACAAAGCUCACUUUUCAACUCGAUAGGUCAUGAUGACUCCGUCGCCUACCCUCGUGAUGGCCCCUGCUGUCACGUGGAAUGGUGCGGCCUCUAACGCUACGUCGACGAGCAGCCGCGUCGAUUUGUACUUUGGCGCUCUUCGCGGCACCUCUGAAGACCGUGUGUGCGACUUGGUCGCAGCGUCGUACAAGGAAGACCCGCUGCACACGCUCAAGAUUGUGGCGUACCUUCGCGACUGCCGCGGCGGAAAGGGGGAGCGCACCGUCGCUCGGUUUGCUCUCAAGUGGCUGGCCAUUCACCAGCCAGUCGAACUCAUGCACAACUUAAAGCACUACGUUGCUGAAUAUGGUCGUUUCGACGACCUCUUGGCGCUCAUGGGGACGCCAGUCGAAGCUGCGGCCUUGGACGUAUUUGGCAACCAACUUCGAGAAGACCUUGCCGCAUUGGGUCGCGGCGAGCCGGUCAGUCUCUGCGCCAAGUGGGUUCCAUCCGAGAAGAAAGCCAGCGACAAGACCUCUCGCGUGACGAGCAAACUCGCCAAGAAAAUGGGCCUCACAUGCGCCUCACUGCGCAAGACGUACUUAUCUCCUCUGCGGGCGUCGCUGCAGCUCCUCGAGCGAUUCAUGUGCGCCAAGGACUGGGACGCGAUCGAUCUGAACAAAGUACCGAGCGUCGCCAUGCACAUUCACGGCAAACCCAAACAUGCAUUCGAGCGGCAUCUGAGCGACAAGUUCUCCGAGUGGAAGGCGGGCCUGGCGACGGGCAAGUCCAAAGUGAAUGCGUCCGUGCUGUUUCCGCACCAAGUGGUCGAACAGUACUACAGAAAUCGUGAGCUAGAGGCCGACCCCCUCGUGGAAGCACAGUGGCAAGUCAUGCUGCAGCAAGGACGGGACCUCGGGACUCUGUCUCGGACGCUCGUCAUGUCGGACGUGUCGGGGUCCAUGGAAGGGUUGCCCAUGCUGGUCUCGAUUGCGCUGGGGCUGCUCAUCUCUGAAGUUGCCGAGGGCGAGUUCAAGGGGCUCGUCCUCACGUUCGAAACGACUCCGCAGUUCCACGUCGUGGAAGGCAGCAACUUGAAAGAGCGUGUGGACAGCUUGGCGGGGGCGCCGUGGGGUGGCUCGACCAACUUCAUGGCGGCGCUACGGCUCAUCCUGGACACGGCGAUGGCCAAGGCGGUUGCCCGCGACUCGAUGCCCGCGAGACUCAUCGUUGUGUCCGACAUGCAGUUCGACCAGGCGGACCGCGCGUUUGAAACCAACUUCAAGGCGCUCCAGCGAUUGUACAGCGAGGCCGGGUUCGACGUGCCCCACCUCGUGUUUUGGAACGUCCAGGGGGCCAUCACCGACACCCCCGCGGUCGCAUCCGACGUCAACGUGUCGCUCCUGUCGGGGUUUUCGCCAAGUGUGCUGAAGGCAGCGCUGACGGGGGAGGCGGUCACGCCCGCACACACCAUGAUGAACGCUAUCUUGGACGCUCGCUACGAUCUCAUCCGACUGCCUUCGCACGACGCCGACGAGCCCGACGUCGAGCUCGUCUAAGUCGGUCCAUAAUUUAUUCCAUUGAUGUACAUCACUGUCGUUGCCGUCAAGAUGCACCUGGCAUUCGCUCGUCGUCGCCGUGGGCAAGUCGGUUCCAUUACUAUUCAGAACACGCGCUGGUGACCGAGAUUUGUUGAGUAUAUUUCAAACACUUUGAGC